AUGUCUUAUCGUAAUCAAACUCGUGGUGGUUAUCGUCAUCAUACUGAUCCAACAUCAUCAGGUUAUUAUAAAGGCAGUCAAAAUGUACGCUAUCGUACACGUGGUGGUCCGAGUGGUAGAGGCAGGGGGAAUCGACGUCCAACAGAUGAUGUUGAUUCCUUAACAGUUUCAAUAAGUGAUAAUUUAACAACGGAUACUAGUGUACGCAAUUUUCGUGGAAGAGUUGUUAAUAGUACACAUCGUGGUGGUGGUGGUUUUGGUGGACCGCGACCAGUUGGUUUAUUUAAUAAACAUACAAAUCAAUCACAAGCACGUCAGAAUCAAACGGGUUGGUGGCGGGUAUCAAUACCAAAAGCUGGACAUAUUGGAAAAGAUAGAGUAAUGUCAAUACUAAAAGUACAUACAUCAAGACAAUUUCAACCAUAUCAUUAUUUUAUUGACCGUGAUACAAAUAUGGGCGUAUUUUUUGUCAACAGCCGAGAAGAAGCUGAUAUGCUUAAACGAGCAAAUGGAAAAUUAUCCGCUCAAAAUUCCGAAACAUUAAGUAUUAUGGUUGGUCGUGCAGCAUUUCCAGCGCCGUAUUUAGAUGAAGAUUUAAUACGUCAUUUUCGAGAUUUUAUCCGUACACGAUAUGAUAUGAACACAAAUGCAUUAAAUUUAUCUAAUCUAGCUGAUGAUGAAGCUUUAAGCGCUGUUGGUAUUUAUCCACAACUAAAUAAACAACAAUUUGUACGUGAUCUCAUCAAUAUAAUCAACGACAAUAUUCCUAUGACACGUUUCUUGGAUUUAAGUCAAAAUAGCAUAACAAAUCUGUACGAAUUUCGAAACUUAAAAUUACCACACCUUGAACAGUUAAAUUUAUCAUUGAACCAACUUCGUGCUGUUGAUGAACUACAAUAUUUGAAAAAUUUACCUUUAUUAUCCAAUCUCUAUUUGAGAGAAAAUGUACUUCAACAAUCAUCAAAAAACAAUGAUGAUUUAAUCAGCGCUAUUCGACAAAAACUACCACAAUUAAAACGUCUGGAUGAUAAUGAAUUACCACCAACAAUUCGUUUUGCCACUGAUAUUGAUAUAAUUCAAUUGCCAAAAAGCAAACCGCAUUAUGUACCGGAAGAAUUACAAUCAUUUCUUGGACGUUUUAUUCAAGAAUAUUAUCAAUUAUUUGAUAUACGUGGUCGUGAUUCUCUACAUUCAUGUUAUCAUGAGAAAUGUAUGUUUUCAUUAUGUAUCGCAACACCACCUGAUAGUUGUGGAAUACAAACACGUCAAUAUAAAUAUGGUCCACAAAUAUAUGAUAGUCGAAAUUUACAAAAAGUUGUUAACGAUAGUAAACGUUUAGAAUUAUUAAAAUAUGGAAAACAAACUGUAUUAGAUUAUUUAAGAAUAAAAUUUCCUACAACAAAACAUGAUCCAAAUUCAUUUCAUGUUGACGUUAUUUCAUCAUCGGGAUCAACGGCUAUAUUUACAAUCAAUGGUUUAUACAAAGAAAUUGAUGCAGUGGGUGGAUCGAUACGAUGUUUUCAACGAACAUUUACAAUGGUUCAAAGCGCAAAUGGUGUUCAUAUUAUAUGUGAUCAUUUGCUUGUUGUAAAUGCUACGAACGAUCAAGUUGUGAAAAUGAAUAAAUCUGUUGCACCACCACCAUCUGCACAAACUUCACAACCUUCAUCGUCACAAAUACCACAAAGUAUGUCAAUGGAUCAACAUCAACUAUCAAUUCAAAAUCAAGAUCCAAAUCGUCAACAAAUGAUUUUAAAAUUUUCAACAGAAUCUGGAAUGAAUCAGCAUUUUUCAACAUUAUGUUUGGAAGAACAUAAUUGGGAUUAUAACAAAGCAGCACAAGUCUUUACACAAUUACAGAAUGAGAAUAAAAUUCCAUCUGCUGCCUUUAUUAAAUCUUGA